AUGGCUUCAGAGAAGGAUGCCCGAACCCAAUGGGCAGACCCGUCUCGAAGUGAUCACAGCUACAGCUCAGGUGAUCACGACUACAGCUCAGGUGAUCAUGACUACAACUCAGGUGAUCACGACUACAGCUCAGGUGAUCACAGCUACAACUCUGGUGAUUACGACUACAGCUCAGGUGAUCACAACUACAGCUCAGGUGAUCACGACUACAGCUCAGGUGAUCACGACUACAGCUCAGGUGAUCACGACUACAGCUCAGGUGAUCACAACUACAACUCAGGUGAUCACGACUACAACUCAGGUGAUCACGACUACAGCUCAGGUGAUCACAACUACAACUCAGGUGAUCACGACUACAGCUCAGGUGAUCAUGACUACAACUCAGGUGAUCACGACUACAGCUCAGGUGAUCACGACUACAGCUCAGGUGAUCACGACUACAGCUCAGGUGAUCACAGCUACAACUCAGGUGAUCACGACUACAGCUCAGGUGAUCAUGACUACAGCUCAGGUGAUCACAACUACAGCUCAGGUGAUCACAACUACAGCUCAGGUGAUCACAGCUCCAGCUCAGGUGAUCACAACUACAGCUCAGGUGAUCACGACUACAGCUCAGGUGAUCAUGACUACAACUCAGGUGAUCACGACUACAGCUCAGGUGAUCACGACUACAGCUCAGGUGAUCAUGACUACAACUCAGGUGAUCACGACUACAGCUCAGGUGAUCAUGACUACAACUCAGGUGAUCACGACUACAGCUCAGGUGAUCACAGCUACAACUCUGGUGAUUACGACUACAGCUCAGGUGAUCACAACUACAGCUCAGGUGAUCACGACUACAGCUCAGGUGAUCACGACUACAGCUCAGGUGAUCACAACUACAACUCAGGUGAUCACGACUACAACUCAGGUGAUCACGACUACAGCUCAGGUGAUCACAACUACAACUCAGGUGAUCACGACUACAGCUCAGGUGAUCAUGACUACAACUCAGGUGAUCACGACUACAGCUCAGGUGAUCACGUCUACAGCUCAGGUGAUCAUGACUACAACUCAGGUGAUCACGACUACAGCUCAGGUGAUCACAGCUACAACUCUGGUGAUUACGACUACAGCUCAGGUGAUCACAACUACAGCUCAGGUGAUCACGACUACAGCUCAGGUGAUCAAAGCUCCAGCUCAGGUGAUCACAGCUACAGCUCAGGUGAUCACGUCUACAACUCAGGUGAUCACAACUACAGCUCAGGUGAUCAUGACUACAGCUCAGGUGAUCACAACUACAGCUCAGGUGAUCACAGCUCCAGCUCAGGUGAUCACGACUACAGCUCAGGUGAUCACAACUACAGUUCAGGUAAUCACAACUACAGCUCAGGUGAUCACAACUACAACUCAGGUGAUCACAACUACAGCUCAGGUGAUCACAACUACAGCUCAGGUGAUCACAACUACAGCUCAGGUGAUCACAACUACAGGUCAGGUGAUCACAACUACAGCUCAGGUGAUCACGACUACAGCUCAGGUAAUCACAACUACAGCUCAGGUGAACACAACUACAGCUCAGGUGAUCACAACUACAGCUCAGGUGAUCACGACUACAGCUCAGGUGAACACAACUACAGCUCAGGUGAACACAACUACAGCUCAGGUGAUCACAACUACAGCUCAGGUGAUCACAACUACAGCUCAGGUGAUCACAGCUACAGCUCAGGUGAUCACAACUACAGCUCAGGUGAUCACAACUACAACUCAGGUGAUCACAACUACAGCUCAGGUGAUCACAGCUCUAGCUCAGCUGAUCACAACUACAGCUCAGGUGAUCACAGCUCCAGCUCAGGUGAUCACGACUACAGCUCAGGUGAUCACGACUACAGCUCAGGUGAUCACAACUACAGCUCAGGUGAUCACGACUACAGCUCAGGUGAUCACAGCUCCAGCUCAGGUGAUCACGACUACAGCUCAGGUGAUCACGACUACAGCUCAGGUGAUCAUGUAAAGCCCACUACCUGUGAAGCAGCAUAUAGAGGUAGUUGUAGCGACAAAUAUAUGACAUCGGAAUCUGGGUUCCUGGAGUACCUCUGUCCAUGUGAUGAGGUCAUGGCUGACCGGGGCUUCACAGUCCAGGAUCUGCUACACGAGAGGAAGGUCAAAUGA